UUGGUCCAGUAGUUGCAUGUUACUAUGCGCUUGCAAAAUCUGUCACAGCCCUACUUCAGUACCUUGCCAACACGAGCAACGUUAACGCGAACCCUGCUUGUCGAUAAUUCGUCGUAUUGGAUUGGUUAGACGGCGGUAAUAUAGGGCUCGAUUUAGCUAACCACUGUUCUGCUAUUCUAUAAUACAACGCUAGGAGAAAAUAGUUUGCGUUUAUAGUCUAUAGCCUAUAAAGUUAUUAACGAUUUUGACUUAUAUGCAGUCUCGUUUAGAGUUCAUUUCAACGCCAGCUUGUUACAGAAAGACAUCAAAAAGCAGGAUGUUAUUUAACGUUAAAUGGUCAAAUGGAGACUCUGGCACAGCUCAUGCCAGCCUUUUACGCGGGCACAGCGAUGCAAGUCAGUUUCACUUUCAGGAUGGGAAUACUCCACACCCAGCUGGAACAUGACUGCAAAAAUAUGUAUCCUUUCUGAUGCUAUAGCAUUUCCAGUGUAACGUAUUGCCUGUGCUGCACUAUGGCGCAGCAUCUCUGUGAGUGUGGGACACCAUGGAGCAGCUAGAAGAGGAACUUACGUGCCCAAUCUGCUGCGGUCUCUUCGACGACCCUCGGGUUUUGCUGUGCUCACACAGCUUUUGCAAGAAAUGCUUGGAGGGACUCUUGGAGGGGAACCGAUGUAUAUCUUACAGAACACCUUUUAAAUGCCCCACAUGCCGCAAAGAGACCCCUCACAACGGCGCAAACAGCCUGCAGAUCAACUACUCGCUCCGCGGAAUAGUGGAGAAGUACAGCAAAAUACGGGUUAUGCCUAAAAUGUCUGUUUGUAAACACCACUGCGGCCAGCCUCUAAACAUAUUUUGCGCCACGGACUUAAAUCUAAUUUGUGGGUUUUGCGCAACAACAGAUGACCACAAAGGGCAUAAAUUCUGCUCCUUGGAGGAGGCAUAUGAGCGAGAGAAGAAGGCGUAUGAUGAGCUGCUUCGCGGGGUGGAGAGCUGGCAGAGCGCAGACAUCCUGUCCUGCCUGGAGACACUACAAGCCAGUAAGAAAAAGGCGCUUCAGUCUGUCACCAAGGACGCAGAAAAGGUAACAGACUAUUUCGACAAACUCAUCAGUACCAUUGAAUGCAAAAAGAACGAGAUCCUCUCCGAUUUUGAAACACUGAAGCUGGUGGUGAUGCAAGCAUACGACCCAGAGAUCACCAAGCUGAGCGCGGCGAUAGAGGAGCAUAGACGGGCGCUCAGCAUCGCGGAGUCUUUCCGGAGCGUCGCCGACCCCCUGUGCUUUCUGCAGCAGAUGCAGGAGUUUCGGGAGAAGUUUAAGAUCCUUAAGGGGACUCCACUGCCCUCUCUGAAAGACACGGACGUCGGUCCCCUUGUGCGCAAUUUCGAUGUUAAAAAGUGGGACUCACUGAGGAUCAGAGAAGUGGACCAGAUCUCAGUCCCCCACGAGAAUGGCUCAUACCGAGAGGGGGGCUCACGGAUGGCAGCGCCAAAAUGGAUCACCUUAUUUAUGAGUUUGUUACUGCCAACACUGCUCCUGCUGCAGCCGCACAACCUCGCAGCCUACGUGCCCUCGCAGGUUGAACCGCUUCUCACUGCUGCUUCCUCGCACUUUACCCACACGGGUGUGUACCUGCGGGAAAUGACUGACAUGUACACACGUUUAUUGGGUGCAGGUCAGGAAUGUAUCGUGAACCUAAUUGACUCUAUAUACGGUCAGCUUUAUUCGCAGUUAUAAGUUAUUUUAAUUUACAGUCAGUGGCAUCUGUGCCGUGCACUCACAGCGACGACGUGUUAUCAAAGUGACCCGUGACGUGCGUUUAACUAGUGACAGAUUCCACCUGAACAUAUGGAAACACUUUUACCAUGUCUUUAAUUUUUUGGCCAAGCUCCAACCUCAAUGAAGCCAUAUAAUCAAACCUUAAUGCACAGAGGUUGUAGACUACAUUUACAUCAGAUAUACGCUAUCGAUGUGCACUUAUUUUCGUUUCUUUUAAAUACCAUAUGACACUAUGACACAAUUAAACUUGUCCAAGAUGAUCUUGAUAAAUAAAACUGUGCAAUUUAAGUCACUUCCAUGUUUGUUUUUCAUUUAGUGCGACGUGCCAAAUCCGCCAACAAUUUAUAGACUCAAUAGAGCCUGUGAAUUAAGCAAGUGUGUAAUAAAAUAAAUACACAGA